CUGCUAUUGAGUCUGACGUUGUCUGGUAUCCUAGGGAGGGGAUAGAAAGUGCUAAACAUCUGAAGCACAGGGAUAAGGCUUCAAACCUAACGCAGGCUGUAACAUUUCCAGUGUGAGUGUGAAGUCCUCCUUGCCAAGGUAGGAGAGGCACCAGGGACCAUGAGCGAGAAUGGCCCUCAUACAGAGGCGUCUAUGUACUUUGAGGUGGAGGUGGAUCCUCUGGGGCGGGAUGAUGACGAAGACGAAGACAAGAUCCACUAUGACAAAGAUGACGACCUAAUCCCUGAACCUUCAUCCUCCUCUGGCCGGGUGUACGACCGCACUACGGUGCUCAUCGAGAGGGACCCCAUCCGGUUGGAUGAGGAGGGCGAAGAGGAGGGUCACUGCGGCGGAGACGAAGAUGGGGUCACCUUCCUCACUGAAGGGGAAGGUGAUGGCGACGAGGAGGAGGGCUCUCUGGUCUUUAUGAAUGACCCUGAUGGCAUGUCGCAGGGUUACGUUCAUCACACCAUUUCUCCGGACCAGAUCCAGUUCACAAUAAAUCCCGGCUCCACCCCGAUGCCACGGAACAUAGAGGGGGCCACGCUGACCCUGCACUCUGAGUGCCCCGAGACCAAGCAGAGAGAGGUGAAGCGCUACCAGUGCAUGUUCGAAGGCUGCACGAGGACAUACAGCACAGCGGGAAACCUGCGAACACACCAGAAGACUCAUCGAGGAGAGUACACGUUUGUGUGCAAUCAGCAGGGCUGUGGAAAAGCUUUUCUCACGUCGUACAGCCUCAAGAUCCAUGUCCGUGUCCACACCAAGGAGAAGCCGUUCGAGUGCGACGUGCAAGGCUGCGAGAAGGCCUUCAACACCUUAUACAGGCUGAAAGCACACCAGAGACUUCACACAGGCAAGACGUUCAACUGUGAAUCAGAGGGAUGCACGAAGUACUUUACCACACUCAGUGACCUGAGGAAGCACAUUCGCACACACACUGGGGAGAAGCCAUUCCGGUGUGACCAUGACGGUUGUGGCAAAGCGUUUGCUGCGAGUCAUCACCUAAAAACACAUGUACGGACACACACAGGGGAGAAGCCAUUCAAUUGUCCGAGUGACGGCUGUGAGAAGACUUUUAGCAGCCAGUACAGUCUGAAGAGUCACAUCCGGGGCCACGACAAAGGACAGGCCUUCAGCGUCACCCUCACCCAUCCACUCUCUGAAGAUGCAAAUCACUCGCUGUGCCUCAGUGACUUGAGUCUCAUCUCAACAGACUCGGAGCUACGAGAGAACAUCAAUAACGCUCAAAACCUGGACCUCAACAGUGUUACCCCUGUGAAAAUCUUUGAGCUCAUGUUCCAGAGUCCUGAAAAUAGCAUCAGCCAGGACGAUGUCCAUCACAGUGAGAGCCUUGCUGAACACUUCAGCCUCGAGACUUCUUCUGGAGUGACUGACGCCUCAUCCAUCAUCUCUUUUACCUUCAAUCAUACCUCCUCAACUCCCUGUUCCCACGCAACUGCAGUUCUGGAGAUUCCUCCCCGGCUCAGUGAGAGCUCUCCUCCUCAUGCCUCCGCCCCUGCUGCAGUUACAGCCACUGUCAGCUCAAAGCAGCCUCCCCCUUUCAUGCAACUAACCAGCUCCCAGCAGAUCCCUGAAAUGCCCUCUCAGGCUUCUGUCCAAGCACCAAAACAUGCCACCUCCCAGCAAUACGUCACACUGCCAUCCACAUUCCUGCAAUCAAACAGUAACGCCCAGACCACUCCUCUGCCACAGCCAAUCCCUGCUCCUCCUCUUCCUCCAGUCGCUCCAGCACUGAACACCACAGCUCCAGGAGCCGCUCCUGUGCCUGUUGUUGCAACUGCCACAACAGAUGCUCUGGCAGCUGUGGCUCAACCUGUGCCUUUGGCCAACAACCCCGUCCCCAACUCUGGCCCUAGUCUACCUACCACCCCUGCUACCAUCACCAUAGCUCCCACCCAGAACCUGCUGCAGCCCAGCCUGGUUAUGUCUGACCAGAACCUUCAGUGGAUCCUCAGCAGUGCUGCCAACAGUCAGCAGAACUCAGAGCAGGCAGCACAUCAAGGAGCUCCAAAAGUGGAAAAGGUUUUCUUCACUACAGCCAUACCAGUGGGAGGAAAUGCUGGCAACUCUGUCCAGCAGAUCGGCCUCAGCCUUCCUGUCAUCAUCAUCAAACAGGAGGAGUCCUGCCAGUGUCAGUGUGCCUGCAGGGACUCCGCUAAGGACAAGAGUUCAAAGAGUGCCUCCUCCACAGUUCCAGCCCCAGCACAGCUUCUGUCACAGCCUCCCCCGCCUCCCCCUCCUCCCCCGCCACCAUCAGAGCCCACAGAGCCUCCGCACCAUCCCCCCACUUCCUCCUCUUCUUCUUGCAGCCUCCCUGAGUCUUCCUCCAAAGUGGCUGAGGUGAGGCUAGAGGCCCCUUCUUCCACUUCCCCUUCCUCCUCCUCCUCCUCCUCUUCCUCCACAGCUCAGACUAUUCCCACGAUAGUGAGCAGCACUGCCACCAACCCUCCUUCAUCUGACGCGUUAUCCACUAUGGAUGUGUCGGACUUCCUCUCGCUGCAGAGCCCAGACACGGCCGCCAACAUCGAGGCUCUGCUUCUGGUCGCCGAGGACUUCAGCAUGGCCACUGACGGCAAUCCUUAGACGGCUAGAGCUGCCUUCCUAGUCUGGCGGCCUGCAUUGGUCUGUUGCACCCACGCAUCCACAGGCAUCAAAUCCACCCACACCAAGUCGUUCUUCAGUGAAGCCUCUUCCCUUUCCCUAUAUAGCGUGUGCAUCAAGCCCUUGUACCUGCAGUGCAUUCUGUUCUGUAUCACAUUGUGCAACACAUAUACACAAACUAUGGAUGACUUUCUGUUGAGUCUCAUUGCAGUAGUUGAGUUUUUUUUGAAAAUAGGAUUAGUUUGCUUAUUGAGAUUUAGCUCUCUUAAUGCUGUGUUAAGCAGGGGAAAGGCAGUAGAUCCUUAGUUCUGAACAUAAUCAAGCUGUAUAUAUAUCAACCCUACAAAUGAGUGUUGUCAAAGCACUGAGAGAACGAAGAGCUCCACUUUUCUGGCUUGAAGGUUCCACACGCCUGAGCAGGAAAACAAAGUGUGUCUGUAUAUCCUUGUACUGUACUAGAGGUCCUAACCAAUGCUUCAAUCUGGUAUGCAGAUGAGCAGAUUGCACUGUAUAUUAGAAGAAUGUUCGAAAUUUUUAACAAGAAUCGCUCCCUGUAGGAAUUGAAGAGGUGAGCCACACGGCGCCUCAUGACUGUCAUGAGAUAUGAAGUGAUUUAUUCUUUUUAUUUGUUUGCGAGGAAGACUAGUGUAGUCCAGAAAAUGUGAUGUUUGGUUUUUUUUUUCUUCUUUUGACAGUUAUUUACUCAUUGACAAAAUAACCUGUGACCAGAUCAGCCUGUCUUUAAAUGAAAUUAAGUCAAGACAUCAAUAAGUUGCCUAUAACUUAAACUAAUUUAUAAUUGUACAUGUUAAUUUAUUUAAUGCUUGAUUCUUUCAUCUUUACUGGUAAUAUUAUCAAGUAACAGAGAAUCUAUAAUUAAUUUAUUCCAAUCACUUGUUGUACUUUUAGUUGAGUUUUAAUGUUACUGAUUUUGCUUUUGUUUUGUAGGAACAUAAAAGCGAGUUUGAGAAAAGAGGCACCUUUAGUCGACUGCACAGUGACGAAAUUUCUCGGAGGUUUAGCUCGUUGGUAGGAAACGCCCACAAUGAAACAGUAAAGAACUACUGUCAUCAUCCCAUGUUUUACAGGGUUUGACCCUCUCAGGGAUGCAUCGACUCAUAACUGAUUCUGGUUCCCCUUAGUUUGUUACUCAGACAUUAGUUUUCUCUUACAGGACGGCCCCACACUGGCAGUAGCCCUGAGUUUUGCUGCACUCUUCCCCGUUUCUUGCACACAAACAUGAGUAAUCUGACAGCUUGUUAGCUGAGGUGCAGCACCACUACAGACUUUUGUAUACAACUGCUGUAAAGUAGCAUUUAAAAAGACGGUGUCCUGGCGACAGUGUAAAUACAUUUUAGUGUAAACAUCUUUGAGAAAUGUGUAGAUUAUUCUAGAAUUUGUAUUUUUGUAUAGACUUUUGAAUUACUAACUCUCAGAGUUUGAAGCUAAUGUACCCCUGCAUUUCCCCCCCAGUCACAUUUAUGCAGAAGAGUUUUUGCUGUGUUUAGUCGAAUAGUUCUACUAGCAGCUGGGCUUUUGUACAGUCUCUAUAGUAACAAAAUCUAUGUAACACAUGGCCUCCCGCUCAGAGUAUAAUUUAACAGUAUUGUUUCACAAGGGACACAAUGCAAUGAUGAUAGAGUGAAGGCUUCAUGCCAUUGUAUGCUAGAGAGUAGAGCUACUUGGCCUUACCACACAACGAUUCUGUGAGCCUCUUUGCCUUGACGUCUCUGCUUCAGACUUGACAUUGUAACACAUCCAUCUUCAUCAAGUCUCAGGCAAUCACUUUUGUGGAUCACCAUGAGGCAAAAGAAGAAUUGAAACAGAAAAGCUGAUUGUUUAGAUGAGGUAAAGUAAUAAAUAGAUAUGCAGCUCUGCUACAACUAUAAUCAACUAGAUAACACCUGAUGAAGGUGAUGUGAUCAUAACCAAACAACUCGUAUCUGACUUCUUUUUUGUUUUGCUCUUGUUCUUUUUGCCAUAACUUCGGUGGAGCAUUUUACCGUGCCAAGAUUAGAGGUUAGGUUUGUUGUGAAAGGCUCUGGUCCAUUUUGUACUGUAACCAUUCCAUGUAUGCAGUAUUUGAUAAAUAGAGACAUAAUUUGGCUCUAAUAUGACAAAAAUGUUCAUUUUCUGACUUAUUCUGGAAAGCAUUCGGUAAACUACUGCCACAAGUCAAGCUCAUGCCAUCAGUAAUACAUCUAAACAUGCAUACUGUCAUUGAACACAACUAUGCAAUUUUAAGUGUGGCAUUCACAUGUUUAAAAUACCAACUGCAGGACACACAUUAUUUAUUCCUCCCUCCCAUUAAAAUUGUAUUCUGCUACAACCUUCUAUUCAGAACUCCAAAGGCAAAUGUUGCCUUUCUAGUGCAUUCAUGUAAAGCAUGUCUCUGGCACUUCCUGCUCCACAUCUGGGCUGAUGUGAUUUGAUAAUCACUGCAAUCCCCUUCACAUGUUGCUUGAAAUGGACUGGAUUUGUUUGCAGGGGAUCUUAAUUUGUGAAUGAUUCUGUUUUAAGAAUUAUUUUCAUCAAAUGAGCGCAGCUUUCCUUUGUUUACUUUAACGCCUAAACAGGUUUCAUUGGGGCUCACUCACUGAUUUAAUCGAUCUCAGCUUUUUCAUGUAUUUAAAAUUGGACAUGUGGCUAUUUUGUUGGCUCAUCUUCACAAAUUCAAGUCACUUACAGCCACUGAUCCUUUAAGUUUAUGGCAGAGAAAUGGUUUCUGGACCUUUGUCCCAGGUUUGUGUUUCUUAACUUUACCUUAAAAGAAAAAGGUAAAGUCAUAUCACUGAUGGUGACGUUUGUUUGGAAGCACAUUGUUUGAUCACAAAUGUACAGCCAGAUGGUUUUUUUGGGGGGGGGGGGGGGGGGGUGAUGGAGAUCCAGCAUUUUGCAAACAUUUUUUGAAAUGGGCAACAUUAGAAGUAGAAAAAUGGGGGGAAACUGUAUGCUUCCAAAGGAAUGUCUUUACACCCAAAGAGUGAGGAAUUGUAAAGGAUUUGUAUUUUUUAAAAGAAUGUAUAAUGUGAAAAUGUUUGCUUAUGCUUGUUUCAUAUAAAGUAUUAUAAGAAAUAACUUUCUGAAUUGAGAGCAAUAUACUAAUAAAACCCUAUCCUUGUCACUGUAA